UGCGCGCAUUUAACAUUUUUAUUCCAUCGUUAGUAGAAUCCGUUGCAGGUCUGACGUAUUGAUCAUUUUGCCAUUUAUUAUUGCUCCGAUCAUCCCAGGAUAGACCUGCAUGCAGAUUUAUGCUACAUUUUACAUUUACAUUUGAGUCAUUUAGCAGACGCUCUUAUCCAGAACGAUUUACAGUAGUGAGUGCAUAAAUUUUCGCACAUUUUCCGAUUUUUAUUUAUUUAUUAUCAAAGCAUCCUAACAGUCACAAAAUAGGCCUAUAUUUCACUGAAACGCCACGCUUGGGUAACCGGAAUAAACCAACAAUAUCUUCAACUAUUGCUCUUUCCGUUUUUUUGCUGUGAGUCAUUCAAAUUCACCAGCGAUGGCAGAGACUGCACAGGAGACCCGUCCGCCCGCUAAAGACUCACCUUUCUCUAUCAAGAACCUGCUCAACUUCGACAGUAAACCUUCCAAACCAAAGACGCUGCUUGCCACCUCCAAAGGACUAUUGGAAGGAGGCUUCUCUCUCUCCCGGAUCGGUGAUUUAACUUUUCCUAGUUUUGACAUCCCAGCCCAGAGAUUUGGAUUAUCGGCGCACUAUUUGGAACGAACGUCGGCGUGGUGGUGUCCCUAUACGUUUGGCACGUCGCGACACCAUCUAUACAGGACUGGAGGGUCUGAGAAGGCCAUCGCGAGAGAGACACCAUCCCCAGCCUCACCGGGAGGGGACCGAGACACACCGGAGCUGCUGCGAGAAUCACCGGACCCACACGUCAAAGAGGACGACGAAAACAAAAGUACUGAUGAUAUCGUUCUGGAGGAGAGUGAUGGGGAUGAACCAAAGAAGGAAGCAGAGUUGGUGGAUGACUGGAGGAAAAUUCAAGACGAGAACUCGGAUAAAAAAACGUGUCGGAAAAAGAAAACGCGCACAGUCUUUUCAAGGAGUCAGGUAUUUCGGUUGGAGUCGACGUUCGAUAUGAAACGGUACCUCAGUAGCUCGGAGCGGGCAGGCCUGGCGGCAUCCCUACACCUCACCGAGACCCAGGUGAAAAUCUGGUUCCAGAACAGGAGGAAUAAGUGGAAACGACAGUUAGCGGCGGAACUCGAAGCGGCCAAUCUGAGCCACGCCGCAGCGCAGAGGAUAGUCCGCGUGCCCGUAUUGUACCACGAGAACGCGGGCUCGGAAACCGGGAGCGCAGGGAACGGGCCAGUCAGCCAGUCUCUACUAACAUUUCCCCAUCAAAUGUACUAUUCACAUCCCCUAGUCACAUCCGUGCCGCUGCUGAGACCAGUUUGAGAGACUCAUUUCUUGUGUUAAUAUUUCUCACUGUAUUGUAACCUAUGUAUAAGAAACAUAUUAGGCCUAUUUCUGAAAAUGUAUGAAAAUAGUUGGCGUUGGAAAGGUAAAAAGGCUUUGUAUAUUGUACAGGUCUGUUAUGACAUGUUGUAUUAUUUUUAUUUUUAUUUUUAUUAUUAUU